AUGAGAUUCCGACCAAGGCCUGAUAAACCAAAGAGCGAUAAACCAAAAACCGACAAACCAAAAAACGACAAACCAAAAAACGACAAACCAAAGGACGAUAAAUCUAAAGGAGGUAAAUCAGAGGACGGAAAGUCAAAGGACGGCAAGUCAAAGGACGGUAAAUCAAAGGACGGUAAAUCAAAGGACGGCAAAUCAAAGGACGGCAAAUCAAAGGACGAUAAAUCAAAGAACCAGCUUAUCCGAGAUCAUCUUAUCCGAGAUCAUCUUAUUAUCCUAGGCCAUCUUAUUAUCCUAGGCCAUCUUAUUAUCCGGGGGCAUCUUAUUAUCCUGGGGCAUCAUUUCCAGGGGCAUCUUAUUAUCCGGGGGCAUCAUUUCCGGGGGCAUCUUAUUAUCCGGGGGCAUCAUUUCCGGGGGCAUCUCAUUAUCCGAGGUCGUUUGACCCCAGACCACCUCACGUCAGAUCAUCUCACUCCAGAUCAUACCCCCGCUUCGAUCCUCAUAUUACCCUCGCCACUUUCUGGUGCCCGCAUCGCCCUAACAUAUUUCAAUUUGUGCCUACGGGCGCCAAAACGACUCCCUGUGCAAUUUGAGUCUAUGAAGGUCGGAGAUGACUUCCUCAACUCACUGACCAUCGUCGCCGCCAAAUCUAGCGAGCUCAUGGGGCUACGCGAUAGCGUCAUGGACCACAUGAAGGAGAACUUCAUGCGAGCCUCGAGCCCUUCAUUUCCACAUAUGUCCUUGUUCUACCUAGACGAAUCCUUCAAAGGAGAACGCUCGCUGCUCAGAAAACAACUGUUAGAGACAGGAAGAGUCCACGAAAAAACAGGUGGAGAGGCAAAUUUUACGCUGAAUUGUACCGUGGAUGGUGCUGGGCCUUACUUUGAUGCCAUGAAAGGCUUUGAAGGAAUGGAGAUAUGGCUUGUUGAUAUCACUGAAGGAGUGGAAGAUUGGGUCGUCCUGGAUAGACGGGAUCUCAAGCCACGAAUGCCCAAGGCCAAGGUAUACGUGACAAGAGGCGAACCUUACUUUGAUAUAUUUGGCAAUGAAGGGGCGGAGCCUUACCAGGUCAGAGAAAUGGCAUCCUAUAUUCCGAGAUGGGGCGAACCCAGUCAUUUUGCUGGUGUGUACGGACCAAUGGCACCAUAUUAUCCCCUGGACACAAGGUAG